UGAACAGUAAUCAAAAAGUGUUGUUUGAAAUUUAAAUCGAUGCCAUAUCAAUGUGAAGAUCGAAGAGUCACAGUCACCAUGACGGCAGAUUCAACGCCGCUAAGAACACUAGUAUGAACACAAAACAUGAAAAAGUUGAAUUCAGAUUUUGUUAUAUGGUAAUCUCAUCGACAUAAAGGGAAACACAGGUAUUUGACAAAGUCAUUUGAAGCUUAUCUAUUUUUGUGUGCGCGCCACACCGGAUGCUGCUUUUUGUUUUUGGUCGCAGUGAUUACGCAACUCAAGUUUCCACCUUUGACUUAUAUAGCUGUCCAGUUUCCACACCACGCGAUUGAAUAAUUAAUAUUUGAAGAUUCUGCUUCUCCAACUUCCUUUCAGCGCUUCUGGGGUACCUUGUGGUAAUCUACUAAGACAUAUAUACUAAAAAGCUAGUUCAUGAGUCAUCAUUUGGAAGUUGAAACUAAAGCGGUGGCUGCAAAUUGCCAAAUUUCAAUGCCUCACUAUUAGUUGCAAUGCCUGUUCUGCGCCGGAAUUAUUAUAUAAUUGCGAAUAUUAUGAGUGCCGUGGAGUGCUCAUAAAUCAUGAUUAUCAUAAAAGAAAUACACAUGCUUUGACUUAAUCAACCACAAUAUUACUUAGAUGCUAUUUAUUAUAAAGGUGUUGUCAAGUAGUAUUUAGCUGUUUAUUUAUUGAUAAUGGCUGUAAUGAGUGAGAUAUUAUUAUUGUUUUUAAAAACUUGAUAUAUUAAAUUCGUGUAUUUUUAUCUUAAAAAAUUCAUAGGUAGUGCCUGGGGUGGCUUAGUAUAGUUAUCUACAAUACGUCAAACUCAUUAUAAUACACAUUGAAGCCUUGAGGAAAUAAAUCUACUUUCUUGUAUAACUUGAUUGCAAAGAAGCAUCCACGGCAGGCAUGGUCAACAGUGAGGUUUCUACACGUCUUGAGGGAAAAUAUGCUGCAAUUGUGGUGUGCUGGCUUCUUGGCAAUGGAUGUCUUUUCUCGUGGAACAGUAUGCUGACAAUAGAAGAUUACUACGGUUACUUGUUUCCGAAAUACCACCCCUCUAGGGUGCUUACUCUUGUAUAUCAGCCAUUUGCAUUUGGAACACUUGCGAUACUGGCAUAUAAUGAGGCCAAACUCAAUACUCGACUAAGGAAUCUGUUUGGAUAUAUACUUUUUUUCAUAAGCACUUUGUUGGUGUUAAUUUUGAAUUCAGCAACAUCUGGUAAAGGAGGACUUGGAACUUUCAUCGGUAUAUGCGCACUUAGUGGUGCUUUUGGAGUUGCAGAUGCUCAUGUUCAAGGUGGAAUGGUGGGAGACCUCUCCUACAUGAAACCAGAAUUCAUUCAAUCUUUCCUUGCUGGUUUGGCAGCAUCCGGUGCAUUAACCUCUGCUUUGAGGUUGGUUACAAAAGCAGCAUUUGAGAAUUCUAAGGACGGUCUCCGCAAAGGAGCCAUUCUGUUCUUUGCCAUAUCAACAUUCUUUGAGCUUCUUUGUGUUGUUCUCUAUGCAUUUAUUUUCCCUAAAAUACCAAUUGUGAAGUACUACCGUUCAAAGGCAGCAUCAGAAGGAUCCAAAACUGUUUCAGCUGACCUUGCAGCUGGUGGCAUCCGGACAUUACCUGGAACAGAGAAGGAAUAUACGAAAGAUCCAGAGAGGAAGGGAAACAAGCAAUUGUUAUUAGAAAAUAUUGACUAUGCACUUGACACGUUCCUAAUUUAUAUGCUAACACUGUCUAUUUUCCCUGGAUUCCUCUUAGAAGAUACUGGAUCACAUAGUUUAGGCACCUGGUAUGCUCUUGUUUUAAUUGCUAUGUAUAAUGUGUGGGAUCUGAUUGGAAGAUACAUUCCACUCUUGAAAUGCUUGAAGUUGGAGUCCCGAAAGUUGAUCACUAUAACAAUUCUUAGCCGUUUCUUACUUGUUCCAGCAUUUUAUUUCACUGCUAAGUAUGGUGACCAAGGGUGGAUGAUAGUGUUAACGUCCUUCUUGGGGCUAUCCAAUGGUUACCUCACUGUCUGUGUUCUAACAUCUGCACCCAAAGGUUACAAGGGUCCAGAACAAAAUGCCUUGGGAAACCUAUUGGUGUUGUUUCUUCUUGGAGGUAUUUUUGCAGGGGUGACACUUGACUGGCUGUGGUUAAUAGGUAAAGGAUGGUGAGAUCUCAUUAAGGCCAGAUUAGAGGAAUAGUUGUGAGGUUCAUUCCUUGUAAAACAUUGAUAAGUGUUUAUAGUUUAUAGCAUGUUCUUUUUCUACUUUUAAGCUAAUGAAUUCGUUACUUUCUCUGUUUGGUUCGUCAUAAACUCUUAAUGUAACAUUUGAUAUUUAUCAUAGAGAGCCCAGGAAAUUCAACAUCUGAUAAAAUGACAUUCCCUUUUUAAGAAUUA